ACAAUUUACGAAGUUUCACCAAAAAUCACAGACGCGAAGAAGAAAGCACCCUCCACUUCCUCCACUCUCUUCAGCUUAGGCUUUCAAUACAUAUAUAUAUAUACAUAUAUAUCUCUAUAUCUAUACAUUAUCUAUAUAUACAUAUACAUAUAGGAGAGAGGGGACGGAGAGGAGGAAAAUUUGGAAGAGAUUAAUUGUAGGAAAAAAAAAUUUAAUGGCGCAGAGCAACAAUGGAAAAUUAAUGCCGAAUCUAGACCAAAACAGCACGAAGCUGCUGAAUUUGACUGUUCUGCAACGAAUCGAUCCUUUCGUUGAAGAAAUUCUCAUCACCGCCGCUCAUGUUACUUUCUAUGAAUUCAACAUCGACACAAGCCAAUGGAGUCGAAAAGAUGUGGAAGGAUCUCUUUUUGUAGUCAAGAGGAAUACUCAACCUCGCUUUCAGUUUAUUGUGAUGAACAGGAGAAAUACAGAUAACUUGGUGGAGAAUCUCUUGGAAGACUUUGAGUUUGAAGUACAGGUGCCAUAUUUAUUGUACCGCAAUGCAGCCCAGGAAGUGAAUGGAAUAUGGUUCUAUAAUGCACAUGAAUGUGAAGAGGUUGCUAAUCUCUUUACAAGGAUACUGAAUGCAUAUUCCAAGGUGCCCACAAAAUCAAAAGUCUCUUCAGCAAAGAGUGAGUUCGAGGAAUUGGAAGCUGUCCCAACUAUGGCUGUUAUGGAUGGUCCACUGGAGCCGCCAUCGUCAACUUCCUCAAAUGUUGCAGAUGUUCCUGAUGAUCCUUCCUUUGUAAAUUUUUUUAGUACUGCUAUGACUGUUGGAAGUGCUAAUGCAACAGUUGCUGGUCAACCUUACCAUCCAUCUGCAACAAUUCCACCUUCCCGUCCACAAGGUGCUGUUACCCCUCCUACGGGAACAAUACGAACACCAUCUCCCCCUCUUUCAACAACCAACCCCCUAAUGCCUCUCCUUGAAACUCCCGAACACAACAAUGAUACCAAGCGAUCAGCUAAUUUAGUGAAGCCAUCAACCUUUUUUGGUCCCCCUCCUUCCUCCUCUCCACUUAUGGUGCCGCCGGUCUCUUCAUCUAUGCCAACUGCUCCCCCACUCCAUCCUCCUGGGAGCCUCCAGCGCCCAUAUGGUGCUCCUUUGCUUCAACCAUUUCCACCACCGACUCCCCCACCAUCUCUUACCCCAACUGCUGCUCCUACACCUAACUAUGCACCUGCUAUUUCCAGAGACAAAGUUCGUGAGGCGCUUCUGGUACUUGUUCAGGAUAAUCAAUUCAUCGACAUGGUUUACCGGGCGGUGCUGAAUGCUCAUUCAUCAUGACCAAUCAAUUGCUGCUAUAUACUUGGUGAAGUCAUUGCUUACUGUGCAUUUUUUAGGUUUUUAUGAAUAUACUUUGGUUUAAGACAUCUUCUGUAUAGGAUUUACUUUAUUUAUGCUCAGAUCUCAAAACAUUGUUACUGUAUUA